AUGUCUUCAACUGCCGACUUCCACUCUUCUACAACUUUCCCCCUAACUGAGGACAAAGCCCUGGAUACCUCGGCUUUUUGGACUGUUCCAUUCCGGAACGGUCUACCUACACCUCCCAGCGACAUGACCGGGGUCACCUACAAUGCCAUGCCCUCAGUUCCAUAUGGGAAGCCGAGCGGCGUACCUUCCCACCUCUACAAUCAUCGCUCUUUCGACUCGAUCUCAUCAUCCAUGAUGGCCGCUAUGAAACCGCAAAGUCACUCGGCACCGGCCAAGGAAGCGCCGGAGCCAACCGCGCAAAAGAAGUCGAACACAUCAGGAUCGCAACUCCGGAUACCCUCGACCAUCAACAACAGCAAGGGAAACUUGGCUGAAUUCGCGGCGCAGAUGACCUGCCUGUUCUGGUUCGAAAAGACUUCCAAAUUGCAAGCUAUCGAAGAUCGCCAAUAUCCUGUACCUUCCCUCGUUGCUGAAGCGAUGCCUACUCCCGGAUUUCAGAAGUGGGUGGCUACGAUUCUGUCGACUACACAAGUGAGCCAGAAUGUCAUUCUACUGGCCCUGCUAUUUAUCUACCGACUGAAGAAGUUCAACUCCGGAGUCAAAGGCAAGAAAGGCAGCGAGUUCCGGUUGAUGACGGUUGCGUUGAUGCUUGGCAAUAAAUUUUUGGAUGACAACACUUACACCAACAAGACCUGGGCUGAAGUAUCGGGCAUUGCUGUGCAUGAAAUUCACAUCAUGGAGGUCGAAUUUCUCAGCAACAUCCGCUAUGACCUGUUCUCCUCGGAGGCUGCAUGGGCCCGGUGGCACACCAAGCUGGGUUUAUUCGGUGACUACUUCAACCAAGCGUUAAUGUUGCCUACCGAAUCGGCACCUAUGCUGCAAAUCUCGCCGCCUCGGGUGCAGUCGCAGUCGCCAUCUUCCAAGUUGCCGUCGCCCCCGGGGACCGACUCCUUCCGCCCCCACUCCCAACCCAACUGGUACAUGCCUCUCAACGGACUGCCAUACAACCUCCCGCCACAGCCUGAGACGGGAGUCUCCCGGAAACGCAGUCGCGAUGAGGAUGAUGGACUGCACCCAACCAAGCGGCUGGCAAUGUCCUCCACCACCUCAGCUCCUAGUAUGACGGUCCCGGUGACCCUGAAUGCGAUGCCCACCCUGCCUCCAGUCCAGACUCCAACCUCUGCCCCGGUGGCACCAAUGGUCGGAAACUCGUCUCGUCUUCCGCUUCCUCACCUUCCUACCUCCAAUCCAAUGCCUCAGUCGCUUCCUUCUAACGCGACCUCUCAACUUCCCGCACUCAUGCCUUCUAUCUACAACCGGCCUACGAACUGGCAGCAGAUGCCUCCCCUCAGCGUGCCCUCGAUGACACCAGGCAUGUACACGCCUUCGCUUACCGACCUGGGCCGACACCAAGUUCCAUAUGGCGUGUCCUCUGCUACAGUCUCACCAGCUGCCUCUGCCUACUCCGUCCACACCCCUCAGACACAUCUCUCCCCGUCUUUCUUCCUCGCCAACCGCAACUCGCCUUAUCGGCCUGUGCGCUCCGUCCACACCCUGUUGAUUCCUCCCCCAUCGAGCUCCCUGCAGCAGCAGCGCAGUGUGCCCUUUGACCACAUGCACUAUCAGCCGCUCGGCAAGGGUCAAACCUCCCGCAAGACCGGUCUCUUGCCCUACAACCAGCCCGACGCGUGGAACCAGGCCCCCUACCUCCAACCUAUCUACCCGCCGACCAGUUACUCUGGUUGA